AUCCGUCAGUUCCUUUAACUUUUCCCAGCCCCCUUGGUAUAUUAUCUUCAGCUGCCCAAGAGCAGUCACUGUCUCCAGGAGAUCACAACUCAGAAGCACAGCUGGAGAGGAUCAUCCAGGUGUGCAGAAGAUGACAACCAACUCCUCUCUCCCCGUGAACGGGUCUGCGGGGACUCUGACUGUACCCACUAGCUACAUCAUCCUGGACGCCUUCUCUUACACCACAUUUGCAGUCACCUUUGUCCUGGGCAUGCUGGGCAAUGGUCUUGUGAUCUGGGUGGCUGGAUUCCGCAUGAAACGCACCGUCACCACCCUCUGUUACCUGAACUUGGCCUUCGCUGACUUCUCUUUCACCGCCACCCUACCUUUCCUCGCCAUCCGGCAGGCCUGGGGAGGAGCCUGGCCUUUAGGUUGGUUCCUGUGCAAGUUCAUCUUUACCAUAGUGGACAUAAACCUGUUUGGAAGCGUCUUCCUGAUCGCUCUCAUUGCCCUGGACCGCUGCAUCUGUGUGCGGCAUCCGGUGUGGGCCCAGAACCACCGCACUGUGAGUCUGGCCAAGAAGGUGAUCGUGGUGGUGUGGAUAUGUGCGCUGCUCCUUACCUUGCAGGUUAUCAUUCGUGUGACUACAGUGACAGUUGCACCUGGAAAAGUAGCCUGCGCCUUUGACUUUUCGCCCUGGACCACAGACCCUCAAGAGAGGCUGAAAGUAGCUGUCGCCAUACAGACCGUCCGAGGAAUCCUCCGGUUCGUCAUUGGCUUCAGCUUGCCCAUGUCCACUGUUGCCAUCUGCUAUGGGCUCAUUGCCAACAAGAUGUACAAGCAAGGUCUGCUCCAAUCCAGCCGUCCCUUGCGGGUCCUCUCUUUUGUCGUCAUCGCCUUCCUUCUCUGCUGGUGCCCUUUUCAGGUGGUGGCUCUCAUGGCCACCAUCAAUAUCCGAGAAGUCUUGACAGGAAUGCGUGAAGAUCUUAAAAUCGCGGCGAUAGCCACAAGUUCCCUGGCCUACUUCAACAGCUGUCUCAACCCAAUGCUGUAUGUCUUCAUGGGCCGGGACUUCCGAGAGAGACUGAUCCACUCCCUGCCCGCCAGUCUGGAGAGGGCACUGACGGAGGACUCAGGCCAGACCAGCGAUUUGCCAGCCAACUCUGCUACACCUUCUGCAGAGGUCCAGAUACAGGCAACGUGAGGUGGGGGUCAGGGAUGCUUCUGUGUUCCCAGAUCCAGCUUCUUCUCAUCUGGAGCUAAGCUGGACUGAAAGCAUUCCCCACUCUGCUGAGCAUUAGACACUCAACUUCUUUGUGCGCCCCCGCUUCGAAGAGAAGAAACAGACUUGAGGCUACUGUUGAUGUCUUUGAUUUGGGGAUUUCAGGUUGGGGUGACAAAAGUGAGAAAAGAUAGGGAGCUCAUGCACCCCCAUUCACUGUCAAUGGUCCUGAUCAUAAUAAUUAUGGGAGAGCAUAAUACAAUGAAUCCUAUUAGUUCUUCCCAGGAAAAUGAAGGUGAGAGAAACAGAAACUCUAAUAAAAGAAGUACUUUCUCAAUAGCUCAGCUUAUAUCAAUAAGUAAGUGAAAACAGAACACCAUAGAGAUACCAGCCAAAGACCUCUAGUUCCUAAAAUUGCCCAAUCUGUAGCAUUACAAAACUUGGAAACUCAAUUAUCCUCCCCAUCACAUUUCUGUUUUCACUUUUUACCUCCAAAUGUGGCUGGCACAGAAUUAAUCCAGUACCUGGUGCUUGCUGUCCUUGUUUCCCGUGUGACCAACUCAGGGUACAACUCAGACAUCUGCCUCAACUUCCUUAUAAGCUACUUGCACAAGGUCCUUAAAUAUGGAACAGAGUUUGUGUGGAGUUAGGUAACGUGGAACAUGUUCUGGUCAGUCACAGAUCAUGGGAAAGCAUUCAGGUGAACUCCAGAAACCUUUGUUCCUAAACAUUCAUCUUCCUUCCCUAUUCCUCCCCUCCAGGUUUUUUUUUCCUUUUGCAAUUCAGAGACUCUGUCCCUUGCUAUCCCUUGGUCUCCUUUUCUAACCAAGCCAAACAUUUAUGAUAACACCAAAAUGAAUGCUGUGCCAGCUGUGAAGGAAUCAUUUAGACACCACAGCAUUCUACCGUUAUCAGCAUAGAGAAAAGAAAGGAGAGCUGUGAGUAGGAGACGUUGGAGAAGAAGCCUAGGAGUGUCCAGCAUCUGCAGAUACCACAUCAUGUACUUUGGCGAAAGUUUGGAUGAUGGUGGGUGUUUUCUUCCCAGUCCCAGGGGAGAUUCCUGAGUUUGAUUACAUGAUGUGGCCUCAGGAAUCAAUCACUUCUCUGCGGUCCUGGAUGGCCUUUCUGUGUAUCCCCCAGCAAAUGCCUCAGCCUUGCAUUGCAGCAUCCAAUACAUUUAUUUAAUGUCCCCAACCCUGGCUCUUCUGGAAGGCAUCAACUGAUCCUCACCUUCCUUCUACACACGAAAGCCUUCAAUAAAUGUUAUUUUAACUAAA